AUGAGGCGCGGUCUGUUGAUCUUCAUCCUGGUCAACCUCCUCAUUCUCUCCCUCUUGAUUCGCAGUGUCUCGACUCUGCUGUCGCUACUCGUGGAGGAUGCCGCUGCCGACGCGAUUCACCGUGCGGAGUUGCCCUCGCCGAACUCUAGCCUGAUCGAACAACGGCCCCAGAUCAUCCCCAAGAUUAUCCACCAGACCUACAAGAACGAGACCAUUCCCGAGGUCUGGGUCGAAGCCCAGCAGAGCUGCCUGGACCUGCACCCGGACUACGAGUACAUUCUGUGGACGAAUGAAAAGUCGCGCGAGUUUAUCGCCGCCGAAUAUCCCUGGUUCCUCGAGACCUUUGACGGCUACAAGUACCCCAUCCAGCGCGCGGACUCCAUCCGUUAUUUCAUCCUGGCCCACUAUGGCGGAACCUACAUCGAUCUGGACGACGGCUGCAACCGUCGCCUGGAUCCCCUGCUCGCUUACCCCGCGUGGGUGCGCCGCACCGUGCCCACCGGUAUCUCCAACGACGCCAUGGGCUCCGUGCCCCAGCAUCCCUUCUUCCUGCGCGUGAUCGAGUUGCUGCAGCAGUACGACCGCCACUGGCUCCUCCCCUACAUCACCGUCAUGUACUCGACUGGUCCGCUGUUCCUGUCGGUUAUCUGGAAGGAGUACAUGCAGGAUCACCCGAGCGACUCGGGCCGCGUGCGAAUUCUCAUGCAGGAUGAGUACAACAAGUACUCUUGGAGUUUCUUCACCCACCACACCGGUAACAGCUGGCACGGAAAGGACGCGCACCUGAUUUUCUGGAUGGGCCAACACUGGGUGUUCCUCACCUUCUGCGGCUUCCUCCUGGCCGCCGUCGUCGGUUUGUGCCUUUUCUGGACCUACGGUCGCAUCGUGCUCCUGGGAGCCCAGUACCGCUACCGCUACACCAAGAUUCCCUCGAUCAUCAGCUCGUCCCGCCUAUCAUCCUCACCCACGCGGCGCGCGCGGCGCAUGAUGCCCACGCUCCUGCGGAGCGUAAGCUUCAAAGAAGACGAGGAAGCAGGCGGAGUCACCGAGACCUCCUACGAACUCGGUCGCCGGGACGACUGA